CGUUGAGUUUGGUUGUCAAAAUUCACAUGAUUCUCAUCACCACCAUCAUUCAAAAUCAGAAAAAGAAGAAAGAAUCACACGGGUUUCCCUUUUCUCUUUGCAACCAUUUUAUUUUACCUUCUUCUAUUCAAUUACUACUUCACUACUAUUCAUUGCAACAAAAUUGAAACUGAAAUAAGUUGUUCUUUCUGCUUCUGAUAAGUGAUUCUCAUAAGUGCUUCUGAGUUUUGAAUCUCCAACAUGGAUAUUUCCAUUUCACACAAAAAGAGAACUUUGCUUAAGGUUAUCGUCCUUGGAGAUAGCGGAGUUGGGAAGACAUCUCUGAUGAACCAAUAUGUUUAUAAAAAAUUCAGCCAACAGUAUAAAGCUACAAUUGGAGCUGAUUUUGUUACAAAGGAGCUGCUAGUUGAUGACAAACUAGUAACAUUGCAGAUUUGGGAUACUGCAGGACAAGAAAGGUUCCAUAGUCUUGGAGCUGCAUUUUAUAGAGGUGCGGAUUGUUGUGUUUUGGUAUAUGAUGUAAAUAUACACAAAACAUUUGAUACAUUAAGCAAUUGGCAUGCUGAUUUUCUUAAGCAGGCCGAUACAGAAAAUCCUGAUGCAUUUCCCUUUGUCUUACUUGGGAACAAGAUUGAUGUAGAUGGUGGAAACAGUAGAAGAGUUACUGAGAAAAAAGCUAGAGACUGGUGUGCUUCUAGGGGUAACAUACCAUAUUUUGAGACCUCUGCGAAAGAGAGUUACAAUGUUGAUGAUGCAUUUUUAUGUGUUGCUAAAGUUGCAUCAGAAAAUGAACAUGAAUUGGAUAUCAGUUAUUUUCGAGGAAUUUCCGAAGCUCCUUCAGAAGCAGUAGAACAAGGAAGGAGUUGUGCAUGUUGAAGUUGUCGUUUAAGGAUGAAUAAAUUUUUAAGGAACGUGGUUUAGUUCUUUACUAUGAUAUAUAUAGUUGAUCAAGUUAUGUUUGGUUCAGGUUGUAUCGUAUGGGUUACUAUUAUUCUUAAGCAUGGAAAAUUCUUCUCUGUGUUUUCUUUAGGUGAACUUGUAUUUUUUAACUUUCAUGGUUUAAUCAAAUAUUUU